AGAGAAUCAGUUCCCUUUCUCUUAGUCACAAAAGCUGUUCCUUUAGUCACAAGAGUUAUCCUAUAUAGCUUCACAUAAUACACUACACUUCUCUCCGUUCAUUUCUCCAUACUGUCAUCUCAAAAACGUUACCAUAUCACCAUAUGGGAAACACAAAAGAGUGCGACAGCCACAGCGGAGGUGGCGCAAGAGGCCUCCGCGGCCUCUGCGCCUGCCUCCUCGUCUUCUGCUUCAUCAUACUUCUUGUCUUUCUCAUCACUUGGGCCAUCCUCCAACCCAAAAAGCCCCGCUUCAUGAUCCAAGACGCCACCAUCUACGCCUUCAAAAUCUCCUCCAGUCCAGACCUCUUCACCUCCAACCUCCAAGUCACCAUCUCCUCGCGUAAUCCCAACAGCAGAAUCGGCAUAUACUACGACAAACUUGACAUCUACGCUUCCUACAGAGACCAACAAAUCACCUACUUCACCGCCGCACCCGCAUCGUACCAAGGCCACAAGACAGACACUGUGUGGUCACCUUUUGUUUACGGGACCAGCGUGCCGGUGGCUCCAGCCAAUGCGGAUGCGCUGAGCAAGGAUCAGGCCAACGGUGCGAUAUCGCUGAUGAUCAAGAUUAAUGGACGGGUGAGAUGGAGAGUCGGGAGCUUCAUCUCCGGACAUUAUCAUCUUCAUGUUUCUUGCCCUGCCUACAUUCCUUUUGGUAACAAAAACGGCGAUACGACUAUGGUGGGCAGUGGUGUCAAGUACCAGCUAUCACAGAAGUGCAAAGUCGACGUAUGAUUAUUUAUGUUGAGCAAUUAAUUUUAUCUUUUGUUUUCUCAUAUAUAUGUAAAUUCUGGCAAGUAAUAAAAUACCGACAUAAAGGGCCGGUGCAUUUCAUCUUUUCU